UUAGUCUUUUCCAUAGUCUAGUCUAUUCGAAUUCCACAUACGAGUUACCCGGAGAAAAAUUUCAGUAUAUAUAUAUAUUUGCGUUUUGGAUAGAGAUACGUUAAUACGUGCCAAAUAUGUUUAUCAAAGAUGUGACCAAUGAACUGCGAACCAAGCAGCAGCCUUUGGCCCCCGCCCAGAAGGUGGCACCCUAUGUGGCGGCAGUAAAACGCGGCCCAUAUACCCUCACGAACCCCGUCUACAGCAGCCCCCAGGUGGAGGACACUACCUCCAAGAUGCACAGCCACACGUUUAAUGUCAAAAUCACACCGAAGCAGAACCACAAAUACCAUCAGCGUUUGCUACCAUCGCCGGUGCCCAAGUCCAAGGCGAAUCGUAUCAAGUCUCGCUCCCAUCUGCUCAUGAACGAGCAGCGAGAGAUGUAUCGACAGCAUCGCGAUCGCCUGGCGAACAUCAAGGGCAAGGUGAACAGUUGUCUGCCGCCGCCGAAGAUCAAGCUGAGGGAGGGCAACUGCAUGGAGCUGUCCUACAUGGAGAUGCUCACCGCUCUCUAUCGGAAGAGCAACAAUACGCUGCGCACCUUUACCAAGUCACCGGAUCGGCUGGCCACCGGCCGUUGGCGCAACACGAGCCUGGCCCGGGAGAAGGAGCGCAACCAGGUGGAGAAGAAUCAGGUGCUUCACCAGGGCGGCAAGCUCUUCGAUCCGCACCUGGGCAAGUCGCGCCGCUCCAAGCCGAAGGUAGCGCAAGCGUUUAGCUACGAGGUGCCGAUGCAUGUGCUCCAUCGGUACGAGGAUCUGAUGAACAUCUGUGAUGUGGGUGUGCUCUGCAAGCUGCUGCGUCCACAGAUCUAUAUGGACUUGGAGGUGAUUGGCACCCGGAUCAUGGGUCGCCUGGCCAUACAGCUCUUCACGGAGGCGUGUCCCCAGGUCGUGCUCGAAUUCAUGCGUGUCUGCACGCAUCAGAGCUCACGCAGCAUCUGCUUCACACGCACCUUCGCGCCCAUCUGGCUAGAGGGUCACAUUGCUCUCGAUCCCGAGCGCAGCAUCGACAUGAGCAACAUCGAGCACGACUUCGAGGUGCUCAACCAUGGCGUCGAUGCGGGCAUUCUCUCCUUCCCCAGCCGCUAUGUGCGCGGCAAUGCGCGCACCGAGCUCAACUUCACCAUCAGCUUCAAGCCGCUCUCCAUUCUCAAUGGCAAGCGGGUCGCCUUCGGCAAGGUUCGCAAGGGUUUGCAGCUGCUGGAACGUAUACACGAUGCCACCGCGCAUCUGGCCAAGAAGCAUGAGCUGGUUGUCAUCAAAGAUUGCGGCGUUCUCUGAACUACGAAUCGUCAUGCACAGCA